AAACGUUCAAUAUUGAUCGCGCGACGGAACACAAUAUUCAAAAUAAUUUAAAAGCAUGCAAAUUUUCUUAAAAUUGUGUUAUUUGUUUAUCUUUAUACAAAAAUUAGUUUUGAAAUAAGUAAUUUUAAAGAUCCGGGGAAUUAUUAACAAUGGUUGCUAGAAUUUUUAUGUUCAAAACCUUUCUUUGAUUUUUUUUAUUCUAUAUUUCUAUGGUACUUUUAUUCAGUUUUCUUUCGACAUUUUGUAAAAAUAAUAAGAGAAACUAUCUUUUAACAUAUUUGUUUCAUAAACUCGAUUUUUUUCGAAUAAAUACUGACGUGAUACUUAUUGAACGUGUAGCAUUUUCUCGCGAUCUAUCAAUCAUCAAUAAGAAUAUAUGUAUAUAUAAUUAAUUUGGAGAUUAGCAUAAGGUUGAUGUCGCAAUGUGUGUUAGAGUAGGCAUCAUUGUAUUGCUGCCAGCAGUUGACGGAUAUCAUCGCAAAGGCAAUAAGAAGGAAAGAAGAAAUUACUAAAGAGACACAAACGAAUGUAGUGUGCUAGUGAUUUUUUUCACGAACAUCUGAAAACCUUUCUCAAAAUCUUCUUAAAUUAUUUAUAUUUAUUUAAUAAAGAACUUUAGCAAUAUGCAGUUUUGGAGCAGUAGAAAAUGUCGCUUCUUAGCAAUAUUUAUGGUAAUUUACGUAUUUUAUAAUCCUACCGAUUCUGGAGCAGUGGAUAUGAAUAGUGAAAAUAUUGAUAUGACUUUAGCUUCCAAUGAAUUGGUUUUUCUCAACUUCUACGCCGAGUGGUGUCGAUUUAGUAAUCUCCUCGCGCCAAUAUUCAAUGAAGCUGCCGAUAAGGUCAAAGAGGCUUUUCCUGAAGCAGGCAAAGUAGUACUCGGAAGAGUUGAUUGCGAUCGCGAAACUUCGAUUGCAUCUCGUUUCCAUAUAACCAAAUACCCAACACUUAAGGUGAUACGCAAUGGACAGCUGAGCAAGCGUGAAUAUCGUGGGCAACGCUCUGCGGAGGCGUUUUUGGAAUUUGUACGCAAACAGCUUGAGGAUCCCAUCAAGGAGUUCAAGUCAUUGAAAGAUUUGGAAAAUCUUGAUUCACGGAAACGAAUAAUUAUCGGUUAUUUCGAUCGUCGCGAUCAGCCGGAGUAUGAUACUUUCCGUAAGGCUGCUACAAAUUUGAAGGAGGAUUGUCAAUUCCAUGUCGGUUUUGGUGAUGCAGCCCAGGCUAUGCAUCCACCCGGCAACCCGAUUAUUGUGUUCCGUCCCGAUGUUGCGCUCUCACAUGAAAACGACGAAACCUAUACCGGCAGCUUGAAAAACUUUGAUGAGCUGAAGAUUUGGGUGCAAGAAAAAUGUGUGCCAUUGGUGCGUGAAAUUACAUUCGAAAACGCAGAAGAGUUGACCGAAGAGGGCUUGCCAUUUUUGAUACUCUUCCACAAACCCGACGAUACCGAAGCAAUUAAAGACUACAAGGCAAUUAUCGAAACACAAUUAUUGGAUGAAAAACAGAAUAUCAAUUUCCUUACCGCCGAUGGCCAACGGUUUGCACAUCCCCUACAUCAUUUGGGCAAAUCGGAGGAUGACUUGCCAUUGAUUGCCAUCGAUUCAUUCCGUCACAUGUACAUGUUCCCAAAGUUCGAAGAUAUGUAUCAGCCUGGUAAACUAAAGCAGUUUUUGCAAGAUUUAUAUAGUGGCAAAUUGCACAGAGAGUUCCAUUAUGGUCCUGAUCCAUCUGGCAAUGAAGUGCAAACCGAGGUUGUAAUGAAAAUUGGCAAAGGCACUUCACCGCCCGAAUCGAGUUUUAAGAAGUUGGGGCCAUCGAAAAACCGUUAUACAUUACUGCAUAAGGAUGAGCUGUAAAGCAUGUUAUUAGGCUAUAGGCUAAAUCCUACACACUCAGAUACACACAUACACAAGCAUACACGUUCUGCUGGCACAUACACAAGCAGUUACAUACCGAUGACAGUGCUGAAGUUUAAUACCAAUCAAACCAAUUUAAAUCAAACAAUCAAUCUCGUAUACAACAACAAUUAGAAAUAUGUAUGAAAUUUUUAAUAAUAAUGUUGCUGUUUUGUUGCUUUUUACUCGUAUUAAUUAUACUUUAGAAAGAUGUUUUAUUUUUAUUUUACAAACAAAACAAAAAAAUAGCAAUCUAUUUUAUUUAAUUCUUCAUUAAUGAAAAAAUACAUAAAAAUGCAAUUGUGAUUAUAUAUACUUUUUUGUAUUAAUUUUAAUAUAAAAAAAGAUAAACUAAGCUACUGGAAAAUAAGCGCUUGAUUUAUUUUCAUUGUAUGUAUGUAUGUAUUUGCUAUGAAAUUACUUUCCUUAUUAUAUUACGAAUUGUCAAUUUGAAGAUUAACUUUAUUGUAAUCGGAGAUUGUAAAAAUAAUCAAAGGUUCUAUGAAUAAGUUUUUGUUUAAUUAGACAAUUAAUUGUGUGUGUUUGUUAGAAAUUGAAACACUGGUAUGGCGCGCAGUAAACUUUGGAUAUAAUAUUGCAUUUUUGUUCAAAGUAUAAAAAUUAAUAUAAAGCUAUCAAUAAAUGAAUGAAAUGAUAAUCGAAAACCAA